GUAUUUACGUAAAGAUGAUAAUAUAGAGAACUAUUCUCAUAGAAGGUCCCAUGGUGUAAUGGUUAGCACUCUGGACUUUGAAUCCAGCGAUCCGAGUUCAAAUCUCGGUGGGACCUGUCUUAAAUUUUAUUUUUUUAUUACAAUAUUAAUUUUUUUUCUUUUUUAAUUAUACAAACAAUUGCAUUGAAAUUCGCAAUUCACAUAUAUAUCCUAAUGAUGUGCUAAAACAUUUUGGAAAGUUAAAUUGACUACGAAUUCGAGGAGAUGACGGAGCAGGGCGAUUCCGUGGUGGUUAUCAAGGCGAAGCCUGUUCGUAAAGUUUUCAAAGCUCCCACGAGAGUUAGCAAAAUUCCCGAGGAAUUGUUGAACGAUCCUCUGCUAAACUCUGCUAUAGUAGCUUUGCCGACGAAUUAUAAUUUCGAGAUACAUAAGACGAUAUGGAGAAUCAGAGAGGCCAAGGCAAAGCGAGUAGUUCUCCAGAUGCCGGAGGGCCUUCUAAUGUAUGCUACAACUAUAGCUGAUAUCAUCGAAGAUUUUACUGAAGCAGAGACUGUUAUUAUGGCCGAUGUGACCUAUGGAGCUUGCUGUGUGGAUGAUUAUACGACACGAGCAUUGGACGCCGAUUUUCUCAUCCAUUAUGGACACUCAUGCCUUAUACCUGUAGAUCAGACUGCUGGCAUCAGAGUGCUUUAUGUAUUUGUUAACAUAAAAAUUGACAUUUCCCAUUGUAUAAAUUGUCUGAAGAUUACUCUAUCAGUUACCACAAAGAUAGCACUAGUCAGUACAAUACAGUUUGCUACAAUGGUGCAAGCAGUAGCAUCAGAACUAAGGAGGGAAGGCUAUGAAGUCUCAGUACCACAGAGCAAGCCACUCAGCCCUGGAGAAAUUUUAGGAUGCACAGCGCCCCAGGUUCGUUGUGCCGAUGCAGUGAUCUAUAUAGGGGAUGGUCGUUUCCAUUUGGAAGCUGCAAUGAUCGCCAAUCCUAAAUUAAGGGCAUUCAAGUAUGAUCCGUACGCGAAAAAACUGACUGAGGAGUUUUACGAUCAUAAGAGAAUGCUGAGCACCAGGCAUGAAGCGAUACAACGCGCUAUGAAAACUGAUAAAUAUGCUUUAGUACUUGGUACUCUGGGCAGGCAGGGCAGUCCUAAUGUAUUGAGAACCCUGCAGAAUAGAAUUAAGGCUCUAGGAAAGGAAAACGUUGUGAUAUUACUAUCAGAGAUAUUCCCUGACAAAAUCAAGCUAUUCAAAGAUGUAGAUGCAUUCAUACAAAUUGCGUGUCCACGAUUGAGCAUUGAUUGGGGCGUUGCGUUCGAGAAGCCAUUCCUUACGCCUUACGAAGGCGCCGUCGCACUUAGGAUGGCAGAUUUCGAUAAGGAUCGGCCCUAUCCUAUGGAUUUCUACGCUACGAUCAGCCUCGGGCCGUGGACUGCUAAUCACAAAGAGUCCGAAUUAGAAAAAAGCGACGCCUGCUGUGGUAAAUGUAAAAUGGAUAAAUAAAAAAUCGAAUACGUA